AAGUAGUAAACAUACCUUUUCAGAAAUGAUAAUUUGGUUUUUCCAUUAACGGUUGUAUCCAAUAUAAGAAUGAUAUCCGAUGUGAACCCGAGUAUGAUAUCCAAUAUGAAGAUGGUGUCUUGGAUAUCAGUUGUAUUAGUACUCUUGGUUCAGAUAACUAAUGUAUCCAGUGUAGUGGACUAUUGGAGUGAGGAUUAUGACACAGCGAAAAACUGCAAGAGUGAAGAUCUAAUCAUAGAAAUUAAACAAAACAAGACUCAAGGAUUUUGUGAAGAAGAAGUUGGAGACCUCAGCGAUGAAAAGGUUUUUCAAAACUGCAAACUGAAUAUGGCAAAAACCUUGGGUUCUCUGUGUAGAUCAACUACAGUGGAGCAGGCUGGAGAACUGCUGUACUGUAAGAAUAACAUGCAAACAGUUUGCUGCGCGAGGAAUUAUAAUUGUACAAAAACUUGGGAUACAAUCAGUGAAAGAUUCGUCGACAAAGCCAUCAGCUUUCUGAAAGAUCAGGAUAAAUUUCUUGCGGAAGAGAAAAAGAAGGGAUACGCAUCGUGCCACUCUUUGAAUUCAAGUUUGGAUGCCAGUAUUUGCCAACAGGAUUGCACAAAAUAUGAAGAAUCUGAUUUUGCAAAAAAGUGCAAAAAUGACGAAGGAUAUUUCAAGUGCUGUGUCAGGAGGGAUAAAGCAAAUUGUCAUGAGUGCAGAUUUUGCUGUACACUUCUCAUGUGCACUUUGAGAAUAGGCGGAAACGAAACUUACACGGCAUUUUCCGCAUAUGAAAUGCAUGCAAAUACAACGCUACAGGAUUCUAAGGAUGAAAAUGAGAACAAAGCAAAAGAAGAUUUUUAUUUACCAUCGCAUAUGUACAAACAGCCAGACUAUAGAUGUCUAAACCCAGACAGCAAUGAAGAUCCAACUAAAUGGGGAGCAUAUAAUCCAAACCAAUUUGCAAUUGCAUUAUCUAAGAAGGAACAAGAAAAGGUUACCACCUACCCCUUCAACAACAGAUUUUUGAACUUUGAGGACCCUGAGGUUUUAAAGUACAUGACUGGAAAAAACAAAACUCAAAAAUGGAGGGAGGUGUUUGGAUAUGAUUUUGCAUCAAAACAAGGCGAUUCAGGAGAUGUUCUCAAGAAUUGUAUAAAAGCUGAAUCAAGUAAAUUUGCAAAGAAAUGCAAAAAAAGAGGAGGACUGUUUAAGUGCUGUGUAGCCAAGUAAGAAACUUUAUUUAAGAAUUAACAACAAUUUUGGUUCA